CCCCCGCCGUGCCCGCGGGGCGGGCUGCAGCAGGAGCCGGCGGUGCCCAGCCGGGCUGCGCUGCGGGGGGGGCUCCGCAGCAGGAAGCUGCCCUGGCAGAUCCAGCCCCGUCAUCACAUGACUCCGCCGCCGCGGGGCUGAACGGAGCGCGCGGGGUGGUGGGGGCCGCGCUGCUGCGGCUGCUGCAAUGAGCGCGCGGCUCCGCGGCCGCCGCUGAGACCCCGGCCCGGGCCGCGCGCGGGACUAUGCUGACGCGGGUGAAGUCUGCCGUGGCCAAUUUCAUGGGCGGCAUCAUGGCUGGCGGCUCGGGCGCGGAGCACGGCGGCGGCGGCGGCGCGGACCUGCCGCUGCGCUUCCCCUACGGGCGGCCCGAGUUCCUGGCGCUGUCCCCGGACGAGGUGGAGUGCUCGGCCGACCACAUCGCGCGGCCCAUCCUCAUCCUCAACAAGGAGACCCAGCGCCUGCCCUGGACCACGGGCUACGCGGAGGUGAUAAAUGCAGGAAAGAGCACACACAACGAAGACCAGGCUAGUUGUGAAGUUCUUCAUGUGAAAAAGAAAACUGGAGGCACUAGUUCCACUCCAAACAAGAAUUCAUCCACAAAACGAAGGUCAUCACUGCCAAAUGGAGAAGGUCUACAAUUAAAAGAAAACUCGGACACAGAUGGCAUGCAUUUACACUACUGGUCACUGUUUGAUGGACAUGCUGGAUCUGGGGCAGCUGUUGUAGCAUCUAAACUGCUCCAGCACCAUAUUGUGGAACAGCUGCAGGAGAUUGUGGACAUCAUGAAGAACAGUGCAGUUCUUCCCCCAACCUGCCUUGGAGAGGAGCCGGAGAACAUGACAGCUAACAGCAGAACUCUGACUAGGGCUGCCUCCUUGCGUAGUGGGGUUGGGGCUCCAGGCUCACCCAGCACCCCUCCAACACGCUUCUUUACAGAGAAGAAGAUACCGCAUGAAUGCCUUGUUAUUGGGGCCAUUGAAAGUGCAUUCAAGGAAAUGGAUUUACAAAUUGAACGAGAGAGGACUAUAUAUAAUAUAUCUGGAGGCUGCACAGCCCUUGUGGUGGUGUAUCUGUUGGGGAAGCUAUAUGUGGCAAAUGCUGGUGAUAGUAGAGCCAUCAUAAUCCGAAAUGGAGAAGUCGUUCCAAUGUCUUCAGAAUUCACGCCAGAAACUGAGCGUCAGCGGCUACAGUAUCUGGCUUUCAUGCAGCCGCACUUGCUGGGAAAUGAGUUCACACAUUUAGAGUUUCCAAGGAGGGUGCAGCGUAAAGAAAUCGGAAAGAGGAUGCUCUACAGGGACUUUAACAUGACUGGCUGGGCAUACAAGACCAUUGAGGAAGAUGACUUGAAGUUUCCUCUUAUAUAUGGAGAAGGCAAGAAGGCUCGAGUUAUGGCAACUAUUGGGGUAACUAGAGGACUUGGAGACCAUGACCUAAAGGUGCACGACUCCAGUAUCUACAUCAAGCCCUUUCUGUCUUCAACUCCUGAGGUGAAAGUCUAUGACCUUCAGCAGUAUGAGCAUGGACCAGAUGAUGUGCUGAUUUUGGCUACUGAUGGACUCUGGGAUGUAUUAUUAAAUGAAGAAGUGGCAGAAGCUGUCACCAAUUUUCUACCUAACUGUGACCCUGAUGGCCCCCACAGUAGUACCUGUAUCUGAGCAAAGAGUGCCGACCUCCUUACCAUACCACCAGGAAAGAACUGGAAAGCAACGAGAGGGAGCAGCCAGCCAUUUGGACACCCAAACCCUCAUCUUUGAAAAGAUUGACAAGAAGGAAUGCUGCAGGGAUGAACUGCACGUAGUCUAAAACCAUGUACUGACUGGUUUUUUUAGAAACACACACACUGAAUAUUAGAGACUCACAGCUUCUAGUUCAACUGCAUAGAAUCAACUUUUACUAAUGACCUUUGGUAGAAAAUUAGAGGCUACAGGUAUUAAUGAAUGCUAUAUCUAGGAAGUAGGUGGGGGACCUUAGCAGAUACCCACACCUAUUGGAAAUGGUGUUGUCAGCAAAGGUUAAAGUAGCUGGAUUGCAAAUCUAGUUUAAAAAAAAAAAAAGACCAAAAAAAAAAAUCCAAAACAAAACCCGAAAGCAAGUCAUCUGUUGAUGGGAAGAUGGUGAUUAUUUGAGUCUGAAAUGAUGAGCAGGUAGUGGGUAGAGCUAAUCAUCCUCCUUCCUAGAGAAUUUUCAUGAAAGUUUCCUCCCUAUUCAAGGGCUUGAAGCAAGUCCUUUUCAAGGACUUCUAUGAGCAACAGUUUUUCAAGAUUGUUGAUUUCCUGUUUUGGUAUUGCUGAUUUUAUAUUUAAAAUCUUUCUCAGCCCAAAAUUAAUAUGAAACUUCCUGAAAACCUUUAAUGUGUUGAUGAACUACUUUUAAGUGCUGAGGAGGUAGAAGAAAGAGCAGGAGGGAGACACUUAGUGUUAGAUUUUAGUAGAUUCUGGAUGGGGUGUGUGUCUCGUGUGCAUGUGUAUGUGGGCACAGAAGCUGAAACAAUGGGACCUGCUUUAUGUUGAGUCUGCCUCAUAAUGCAAAUAGUAACAAAGUGCCUGCAUAUGUAGUGUAUAGCCAUUGAAACAGGUCUGCUAUUUCAUGUGUUCAGAAGUUGUUAUUAAGAACUUAACACAUUUCUUGUAAUAAGAAUGAAGAUUCUUUGUUAAAUGCCACCACUGAUUUUAGCUAAGACAAUUGCAAAACUACAAGAAAGGUUAUAGACCUUAAAAGGGAAAGUAGAUAAUCUAAGUUUGAUUUGGAUUUAUUUUCUGCUGGUUUAAUUUAGUUGACAUUAAUGGGAUUACUCCUGUGUUACAUGAAUAGAAGGGCACAUCAGAAUCUGGUCCUCUGUCUCUCUAAGAUGUAGAGCAAACACAUUUAUCAGUGUUUGACCUGAUGAAUGGACAUUGAAUUGAAAGUUAAUUUGUUCUUUUAAGUAAUUUUGUGCCAGAUCAUUUAGAGACUUAUAAAUAGUAGUGGCAAGACAUUUCUCCUGCCAGUUUGUGAGAGGUAAUUAGAACAGCCUCUUGUACAGUUCACAAUGAUAUUUAUGAAAAUUACCUUGUAGAAUUGCUCUUGCUGCUUGGUUAUAAAAAUAUUUAAAGGGUUUAAAGUAUUGUGUGAAAUAUUUUACAUAAUUACUUCACAGUAGUCCAAAUGAGGUAUAACUAAUGAAUUUACAAUUAUAUAGCUGACUGACUGCGAGACUGCCCUCUUUUUCACAACAGGCAGUUAAGGAGAGAUCUUAUUUGCAAAACGUACAUUUAAAAAUAAUGUUGUGCAGCAAAAUUCUGGUUUGGUUGAUGAGUUUAAUAGCACAGCUCAUGGUAAAACAAUCCAUUUGAAUUUAAAAUUACUAGGAAUAUAGGAAGUAUGGCAGACCCAUCAGAUGUACUGUGGGGCAUUUGCAUUGUCCUUUGAUACCAGCCACAUUACAGUAGUUAUGAGACUCCAUCUUGGAUCGUUCUAUGGUUGUUUAACCCAAUAAUCUGUCUUGAUUAAGACUUAAAAAUAAAUGCUGUAGAUUAAGGCUGCUAACUUCUAAGGGGCUGGGGAUCACAUGCCCACAGGCUGCACCAGAGCAAGCCAAGGGCCCCUCAUCAGAUGGCCCUCCCCAUCCCAACCGCUGCAGUGCAAACCCAUGAGGGCAUCCCACUGCAUCACAUUCCCAGGUGGGUGCCUCCUCCCACAGCUUCACUAUGUUCUCACGCAGCUCUGGGCUCACCCUGAGUUCCCUGAGCCACGCAGUGCCCUGGGAUGGGGAUGCGAGCAGAAGCUAGAGGAGGGAGGGGAAGCUUGGAGAAUGACUGCUGUUGCAGCUGGAGCGAUGUGGGGAGCAGUGGGCAGGCAGGAGCCACAGCCCUUCCACUAGUCCCUUGUGAGCUUCAUGCAGCCCACAGGCUACCAGUUGAAUGCCCCAGCUUUAGCAGAAAAAUCAAGCAACUCCGGAGUAGAUGUUUAUGUACUUUUCAUGGGAAUUUUUUCUGCCUAGAGGGUAAAGUUUGCUUUUUUUGUCUUGAAACUAGAGAGCUUAUAUUCCUCCCAAAAGCCUGGAGAUUCUUUUUUUUUAUUGCAGCUCUUGUUUUGUUACUCAUUAAAUGCACAGCUCUUUCUGGAAUCCUAAAAAUGGGCUCAAGCUGGUAAAAAUCAGAUCUGUAUUCUCAGAAUUAUAGGGUGGUUCAGAUCCAGGCUCUUUAUUCACCCCAUUACGGAAUGGAUAUCAGAGCCCCUCCCUUUCUGCAUGUCAAGGGCUGUAGGUAUUCUUCUUUGUAAAAAGUGUUGUCAGAGCGUUGUGGGAAAAAUAUGGCAGACUCAAAAUAUUGUGGCCAUUCUGCAUUUUCUUGUGUACCUGCCGUGUCGCAGUCGUCAUUUGGAAUUUCUUCAAAGCCCUAUGGCUGAAUCUGAACUUACUAAGGGCUUCAUUUUUAUUUAAAUGAUCCAUUAGAGCACAGUUUCUUCAUCUGUAUACCAUUUGUAAUAUCCAGCUUUUGAGUUCCAGCAGAGACUUCUUCCUUUAUGUAAAUACAGAAACCUACAGAUUCUCUGUCUUUUGUGACUUGUCAUAGCUAUAUUUUAAGUGGGUAGUGGAAAAGCCCUCAUGUGGAAGAGGGGAAAGGAAUGCAACAGAGGGUAGUGCACAAGAUUUUAGUAUGAUUGCUUACCAAGGCUUAUGCUGUACGUGUCACAAACAAAAUGUGAUUCCUGUUCCACUAUUAAAAUAUAACAUAGCAAGACAAUGAGAAGAGGAAGCACAAGAAUAGUGUUAAUCAGAUGGUGGUAUCUCAGCAAGGCUUGGAAAAUGGCUUGAUGGAAUAAGGAAGCUGAGUAUUUAAUAUCAGACAUUAAAUGGAUGACCCAUCUGUAGGGACCUACUCAAUUCUUGAUUUUGUGGAAAUCGCAGAAUCAGGCAUUGUCCAUGAAAUCAGGCAACGUCCAUGAAAUCCAUAGGGGGGAAAAAAAAACUUACUAAAAUUAAAUGUUUCCUAGUGGGAGCCAGCAGUUCUUGUGGCUGCUGCAGCCCAAACAUGCAACCCAUUGGUGGAGGGGGAUGCCAGCACAAAGGGGAGCUGCAAAGAUGGCUGUAGAACCCACUCCUUACUGCUGAUCGGUGGAGCUGUAUGUAAGGACAGCCCUCUCAGCCAAUCGGCAAUGAGAGGCGAGGCCACUGGGGCCCCUUGACUAGAGGAAUGGGGGGGAAUGGGGGCUCACAGUGAUAAGCCUGCAAAAAUGGUAGCCAGCCCUGUGAUCUGCCCACAAAAUCAGCCAUCUGCUUCCUUGACUUGGGUAGGUCCCUACCUAGCUGGCAAUACUUCCUUGUAGAUAUCCUGGCAGAAAUGGACUUUAAAGUUAAACUUGAAUAGCAAGCAGGUGCUGGCCUUGCAGAUCACUUCAGGAAGAGUAUACCAUGUACAACAAAACAUGUGAGAGAGUGUAUUUUGCCCAACAGCCUUGAACUUAGCUGUUACAAUGGCUUCCUGAUCUAGCGUAGGCAUUGUGGCUCCGUCCUCAGAUUUAUACUUCAGGUCUCUUUUCAUUUUGUUAGAGAUUUUGGGUGGUACUUUAGCUUCCCUAAGUUUAGGAGGAUAGCAAGUCAUGCCAUCUGCAAAAAAUGUUUCACCCACGUUGCAGGGUAGGGCCCCUGCAAGACACAAAUGGUAAUCUGGUGGCCACACCAGAUGAGAGAGCUGAUAUUUUUAACAGUUUCUUUGCCUCUGUUUUACUGAACAGGGACCGGGAUAUCCCACCUACCAGAGGUAGGGACAAUUUUGGGGAUAGCUCUAUCAAGCCUCCAGUCAGUGCAGAUGUAGUUAGGGAUCUUCUGGAAGGGCUAGACAUUUUUAAAUCUGCAGGUCCAGAUGCCCUCCACCCAAGGGUGUUGAGGGAGCUGGCAGGGGUCAUCGCGGAGCCUUUGGCCCAGCUGUACGAGCACUCGUGGUCAUCUGGCCAGGUGCCGGGGGAUUGGAAACUGGCUAAUGUGGUCCCAAUUUUUAAGAAGGGGAGGAAGGAGAACCCAAGUAAUUAUAGGCCUGUAAGCCUCGCCUUGGUGCUCGGGAAGCUCUUGGAGAGGAUCAUCAAGGAGCAUAUCUGUGGGGGGCCAGCAGGGGGGAUCAUGCUCAGGGGAAAUCAGCAUGGCUUCACCAAAGGCAGGUCCUGCCAGACCAACCUGAUUGCCUUUUACGACCAAGUAACUAAAUCCUUGGAUGAUGGUGUCACUAUGGACAUAGUCUUUCUAGACUUUAAGAAGGCCUUUGACACUGUCUCUCACCCCAUCCUCAUCAAUAAAUUAAGUGACUGCGGCACUGAUGCUCGCACAGGUGGGUAAAAGAUUGGCUGAUGGGGCGCACCCAGAGAGUAGUGGUGGACGGGUUGUACUCAUCCUGGCGAGAUGUCAGCAGUGGGGUACCCCAGGGCUCGGUCCUUGGGCCCACACUGUUUAACAUCUUCAUCAGCAACUUGGACGAGGGGGUGGAAAGCACGCUGUCCAAGUUUGCUGAUGACACUAAGAUGUGGGGCGAGGUGGACACACUUGAAGGGAGAGAGAGGCUGCAACUAGAUUUAGACAGACUACAAAAGUGGGCAGAUGAGAAUAGGAUGGGGUUCAACAUAGAAAAACGCAGGGUGCUGCACCUUGGGAGAAGGAAUCCACAGCAUACAUACAGGCUGGGGACCUCCCUUCUUGAAAGCACAGAGGUGGAAAGGGAUCUCACAGUCAUCAUUGACUCCAAGAUGAACAUGAGCUGCCGAUGCCAGACCGCAGCCAGCAAGGCCAGCCAUACCUUGUCAUGCAUCCAAAGGUGCAUCUCAAGCCAGUCCAGAGAGGUGAUAUUCCCCCUCUAUGCAACUUUGGUCAGGCCGCAGUUGGGGUACUGUGUCCAGUACUGGGCGCCACACUUCAAAAGGGAUGUGGCCAGCCUGGAGAGGGUUCAGAGGAGGGCCACCCGCUUGGUGAGAGGGCAGGACAGGCCCUACGAGGAGAGACUGAAGGACCUGAACCUGUUCAGCCUCAGCAAGAGGAGGCUGAGGGGGGACCUGGUGGCUGCCUGCAAGCUCAUCAGGGGGGAUCAACAGCAAAUAGGCAGAGCUCUUUUCUCCCCAGCACCACCUGGGGUGACGAGGAACAAUGGUCAUAAGCUGAUGGAGAAUAGGUUUAGGUUGGAGAUGAGAAGGCAAUAUUUUACAGUUAGGGUGGCCAAAAUCUGAAACCAACUUCCCAGGGAAGUGGUCCUCACCCCUACCUUGGGCAAAUUCAAGAGGAGUUUGGAUGAUCACCUGUCUGGGGUCUUGUGAACCCAGCAUUCAUUCCUGCCUGUGGCAGGGGGUCAGGCUAGAUGAUCUGUUCAGGUCCCUCCUGAUCCUAGCUACUAUGAUACACAGCAGCCAUUUGUCUCCACAGUACUUCACAAAUCAUACUGAAAACCUCUGCAGGAGGAAGAGAGAUAUUUUCAAAACACCACAAAAUGAUAUUCCUUGUGAGACUCUUCAUUAGGAGGAAGUAGAUGCUUUGGAAAUACUUCAGCAGUUCUUUACUACUGUCUUGACAGUUGAAUCCUAAGUUCACAGCAUUAGUAAAUAAAGCAUUCUGUAAUGGACGGCUGUUACUACUGAUCUCCAAAUACGAGAAACUCACCCCAUCUCUUCUGAAGUCAGGCUGAACAACAGUGUUGUAAUUCAACCCUACAUUGGGGGAGGAAUAUGUUACUUCUCUCCUGACUUUGCCUCUUCUGAUUCCUUAGGCUCAUUACGCUGCUUUGCUUGUGUGUUUCAUACACAGUGUGUGAGAAUUUCUGCCUUAGUAAAAGGCUUUUAACCUUGUUCUUUCAGAACAAUUUAUGUAGGAAAGCCCUUUAGCUUUUAUGUGGUAGCUUAAAAGCAACACUGAUCUUUUCCUUCUCUACUGAUCACCUAUUUCAUUUAAGAGGGCUCCCCACAUUUAAAUUAAACUUCCCUUUCCCUGGGUUAUUGGUAUCUUCUCUUGAUUUCUGACAGAGGUUGAAAAAUCCUUGAAAAUAUACUCUUACCAAAAAUGUUGUCUGCAUGUUUAUACAUAAAAUAUCUUCCCUGCCAGCUCUCUUCUUUUGUCAUAUGAAGUAUUUAUGUUCAUUAACUUUGAAUCUAAUUUUGGUGUCCAGAAGCACUAAGGGAGUGUAAGUUCUUUUUUUAUUAUUUUUUCCUUAGGAACAAAAACAUGAAAUUUCAUAUUGUAUUAGGGCAAUAGGGUCAGUGCUUCUUGUUAUAGCCCCUUCCAGUUCCUCAAGGUUUUUGCUAUUGAACAGACCUUGGCAUCUGCAGUGUGUAUAUGUAUGUCAAAGAGAGUUCAUGCUUAUUUCAUUGGCUUUUGACUGGUGUAAAAUGACCCGCAGGCCCUUCUCUUAUCACUGAGUGUAAAUCUCUUGUCAAAACUAGUGAGGUCUGGAAAACUCAUACUAGUUUUUCACCAGCAUUGCAGAAAUAGAGUUCUCUGCUUUGAAUGCAUUAUUGAACCCUGCUUACAUUAAGAUUUUUAGCUUCCAUUUACCGUGUAGUGAAGUCAUUACAUUUUUUUGAAAAACAAUCUUUUCUAAUGUUAACUCCAUGGGUAGUGUCAGCAUUUCCUUGGGGGCCAAGUCCCUCAAAAAAGUUAAAAUUAAAUAUAAUAAUCAUAGAAAACUAGGGUUGGAAGGGACUUCAAGAGGUCAUCUAGUCCAAUCCCCUGCUCCAAGCAGGACCAUCCCCAAGUAGAUCAUCCCACCCAAGGCUUUGUUUAGCCAGGUCUUAAACUCCAAGGGUGGAGAAUCCAGCACCUCUCGGGUAACCUGUUCCAGUGCUUUACUACCCUCCUAGUGAGAGAGUUCUUCCUAAUAUCUAACCUAAACUUUCCUUGCUACAACUUGAGACCUUUGCUCCUUUUUCUGUCAUCUGCUACCACUGAGACAGUCUAGCUCCAUCCUCUUUGGAACCACCCUUCAGGUAGUUGAAGGCUGCUAUUAAAUCCCCUCUUGGUCUUUUCUUCUCUUCUCUAGGCUAAAGAAGCCCUGUUCCCUUAACCUGUCCUUUUAAGUCAUGUCCCCCAGCCUCCUCACUGUUUUUGUUGCCCUCUGCUGGACUCUCCAAUUUCUCCACAUCCUUUCUAUAGUGGGGGGCCCAAAACUGGACACAUUACUCCAGAUGUGGCAUCACCAAUGCUGAAUACCAGUGCAAAGCUAACUGCACUUUAUCGUGCAUCAGCAGAUGCAUGACAAACAGAACCAAGGAGGUGAUACUUCCCCUCUAUCGGGCGCUGGUCAGACCGCAGUUGGAGUACUGCGUCCAGUUUUGGGCGCCACACUUCGAGAGGGAUGUGGAUAACCUGGGGAGGGUCCAGAGAAGGGCCAUUCAUAUGGUUAAGGGCUUGCAGGCCAAGCCCUAUGAGGAGAGACUAGGGCACCUGGACCUCUUCAGCCUCUGCAAGAGAAGGUUGAGAGGCAACCUUCUGGCUGCCUAUAAGUUCAUCACGGGGGCGCAGAAGGGAAUUGGUGAGGCUCUACUCACCAAGGCGCCCCCGGGGGUUACAAGAAAUAAUGGCCAUAAGCUAGCAGAGAGCAGAUUUAGAUUGGACAUUAGGAAGAACUUCUUCACAGUUCGAGUGGCCAGGGUCUGGAAUGGGCUCCCAAGGGAGGUGGUGCUCUCCCCUACCCUGGGGGUCUUCAAGAGGAGGUUGGAUGUGCAUCUAGCUGGGGUCAUCUAGACCCAGCACUCUUUCCUGCCUAUGCAGGGGGUUGGACUCGAUGAUCUAUUGAGGUCCCUUCCGACCCUAACUUCUACGAAUAGAGUGGAAUAAUCACUUCCCUUGAUCUGCUGCCAACACACCUACCAAUGUAGCCCAGUAUGCUGUUAGUCUUCUUGGAAAUAAGAGCACACUGCUGGCUCAUAUUCAGUUUAUUGUCCACUGUAACCCCCAGGUCCUUUUUCAAUGUUUUCUUUUGGUUUUUCAGAUUUAAACUUCUUUAUUAACAAUUGGUUAAUUAUUCUGAUUAUUUUAAGCCCAACUUUUUAACUAUAAAGCAGUUGCCUUUUGCCUAUUGAUCUCAUACCCCUCAAUGCUGUUUAUAAUAAAUGGAGGCAUGUUAUCCUUUUCCUUGGAGGAGUAGUGGGACAGAUUUUGUUGGAUCCAUUAGAAUAGUUUGCUGGCUUGAUUCCCUGGACUUCUUGUUCAUUAGGAAGAUGUUCAUCCCUACUAGUGGGACUGCCUGACUGAGGUCUGUGGGACUUGCCCUCAGUUCCUUUUAGUACGUUGGACCCAGUGGCAGACUCGAUUUUAUUUUCUGGCACUGGUUAUAUUAUACAGCCCCUAAACAUAGGCAAUGUAUUAAUGUUUUAAAUGACAAUGAAUGAAAACAGGCUUAAUAUUGGCCUGCUCUUCCUGCAAGAUUUUGAUGUUAACAUGGGAACCAGCCAUGACAAUAAGGCCUCCUCCAGAUCUUAUUUUUUGUAGUGCUGCAGAAUUUUUUCCAGGUGUCAGGACAUUUUAAAGAGAGCACAGGAGGCCUGGCAUGAGACCCAAGAUUGGGGACCAGCUCAAGACCGAGUCUACCUGCAAGAUGCCUGGAGGUGGCAAUAUCUGACUGGGGGAGGUUGUCCACUGGUCAGCCUGUCAACUAUAGUUCUGUUCCAGUUGCCACCUGGUAGCUUGCAGUCUUUCUCUUGAUGCAAGAGCUGACCAAGGGGUUUCUUCCUUCCAGUGAGCCCCUGCCACUGCUGUGACUCCCCUGUUCCCAUUGCUGUGGCAACAGAAGGCUGCUUAUACUCCCCCACAAAAGCUUGCUGUGUGCUGCUGUCCUUCCAUCCCUCUGUCUUAGAGUUAGCAGGGGAGAGGAGAAAAGUACUGUGGAUUAGUGGAAGGUCUAAGUUAUAUGCCAUACAUUGUUUAGCUAGCAAUAUACACGUACCACAAGUUCCAUGAUCAGUGAAUAACUUCUUUGCAGCAGGUUUGCCAUUUUUGUUAUGUGAUAAAUUUCUUGAAUAGCUGGCAUGUUACUAUUUAGCAUGCAAAACUCAUGUGAACCUUGUGAUAUGAUAAAUGUAAUGUUGCCGGGGCCUAAUUCUCAACACUGGGAAAAUUGACAAAUGACAAUGUACAUUUCUAGUUUCUAAAUUUGUGCACGGAUGUAGUUUACUAGGUAAUUUAACUAAGGUUACAUAGGAUAUUAUAUAGGAUACUGUAAAAAAAACCAAAAGAAAACAAAACAACCCCCCCCCCCAACCAAUACAGUUGGGGAUCUAGAAGGAAUUGAUGCUCCGAAGGAAGGUAAGCAGUUGAGAAUCGGGAAGUAAGCUGCUUUCUCUUGGUAAGGAGCAAGUAUUGUACUCUCUUGUUCUUGGAUUAUCAUAAUCAGUCCUGUCAGAAUCACUGGCAAAAUAAACUAACCUGUGCUGAAUCAAAAGUUAUCAAUUUUGUGUUUUGGUUUUGUAAUAAUUUUUAAGUAUUCUGCAAACAUGUUUUAGUGUAAGAAAGCUACCUGCAAUAUUGCAUCAUUUCACUUCUGAUUAUUGGACUAAACUGAGCAACUUUAGACAACUUCGCUAUGGUUGUUCUGUCCUACCAUCAUGCAGGAUAUAAGUUAAGCAAGAUGCAAUGGCAGCUAUAUAUCACUUUAUACUUCUUGGACUGAGAGCAUCUCCCAUUGGGUUUGGGGUUUUGGGGUGUGGAGGUGUUUUCUUUUGUUAAAGAAAGUUGACAGUAAAUAUCUGCAAUUAAUACAGUGCAGUUUGGCUCAGUGUAUUUCUAGUUUGUUUCAUGGUUAUAUAACUUCAUCAGAUUGUUAGAAAACAUUUACGACUCCCAGAGAUCUGGGACUGUUCAGCCUGGGGAAGAGAAGACUGAGGGGGGACUUGGUGGCCAUCUGUAAGUAUGUAAGGGGUGAAUAUCAGGAGCUGGGAGAAAAACUUUUCACUAGGGCACCCCAGGGGAAGACAAGGAGCAAAGGCCAUAAACUGUUAGAGGAUGGUUUCACAUAAGGAAGAACUUCUUUCCAGUAAGGGUGACCAGAAUCUGCAACAGACUGCCCAAGGAAGUGGUGGAGUCCCUAACCUUGGAAGUCUUCAAGAGGAGAGUCUUCAGGGGUGGACCUGAAGAUCUGUUUAGGUCCCUUCCAACCCUAAGCACUAUGAUACUAUGAGAUUGGACAGACUCCUUGCUGAGAUUAUUUGAUCUUAGCGGUAUUCUUGCCUGGAGCAGGAGGGUUGGACUCGAUCUUUCAAGGUCCCUUCCAGCCCUUAAUUUCUAUGAUUUCUAUGAUAAUAAAAUAAGGACUCCAUAGCUUGGUUUAGAAUAAUUUUCUCCGACUUCCUUUGUGAAUUUCAAGAGACCACUUACUGUUUAUCUGAUUGUACAUUCUCUUUGUAUUUUUGUUAGUGUAAAAGUAAGCUUUAUGGUUUAAUAAUAUCGAUACUAUUUCUGGGUACACCAAAGAGCUGAACUGCCAGUAUAAUCUGUAAGUAGGAUUUUCUUCUUGGUCUAUCACUAACUUGUGGUUUACAAUCUUUCAUAGUUCGUAGUUUCAUAGUUUACCCGUCUCUUAAAUGUGAAUGGUAAUAUUUAACUUAUUUCAAAGAGGUUUUGUAUCUGAAGGGGCAAGUUUUUCAAAAGUGACUAGUAUUUUUGGGUGCUCCAUUUAAGACUUCCUCCCUACUUUUCUGAUGGAAGAUGUUUGGCACUUUCUGAAAAUGAGACCAUUUUAAAGUGUCAGGUUGGGCACUAAAAUCACCACUUUUGAAAAAACUUGGUCUGACUUACUGAUAUUUGCUUGGGGAGCCUGAAAUAAAAGAUGUUACUGAAAUACAAAAUGAAUUUUUUUAUUAGCAGCCAACACUCCUAUUUCAACUACUGAUAGAUGGUCACUAACAACUUGUCUUUUUAUCUCACAAAUGUAAAACUCAUAAGUUGUGAAUCACAGUUCUUCAAAAUGCUGGCAUGGCAAUCUUUUCACCUGUAUUUCUGCUUUGUAAAUUGCUUUCCUCCUUCC